CAUGUAGAGCCACAUUAUUCCAUUUAACCCGAGAGUAUUUGUUUGAAACUACUGGAUCAUCCUUAUUUUCCUUAACAUAUAUACCCCACACCACACCUCAUCCCUUCUUGUGAGUGAAAGAGGUGCAACUCAAAUUUUCUCACCAUGCCUUCAACUGCCUUAAAAUGGCUAAGCCUUGUUGGAAUCAUUUGGCUCCAAGCCAUAAACGGCACAAACACCAAUUUCCCUGCUUACUCCUCCCAGCUCAAGCAACUCCUUUCCCUGUCACAGUUUCAGCUCAAUAACCUUGCUUUUGCCUCAGAUGCUGGCAAACUCUUUGGCUUCUUUUCUGGCAUGGCCACUACUUACCUCCCCUUUUGGCUUGUCCUCAUGAUAGGUUCAACUCUUGGCCUAGUUGGCUAUGGUGUGCAAUAUCUCUUCAUAACAAACCAAAUCUCCUCCCUCUCCUAUUGGCAUGUCUUCUUGCUAACUGUUUUAGCAGGGAACAGCAUUUGUUGGAUUAACACUGUGUGCUAUGUGAUCACAAUAAGAAACUUUCCAUCUCAUCGCCAAGUUGCUGUGGGGUUGACAACUAGCUACCAAGGGUUAAGUGCCAAGAUUUACACCAGCAUUGCUGAUGUUGUUCCUGGACACAAAAAGGCUAAAACAUUUCUACUUUUGAACUCAGUUUUGCCUAUGUUAGUUUGCCUAAUAGCAGCUCCCGUGGUCAGAGAAUUUUAUGUCACGAGACCUAGACACAUGGAUGUUGGAUUUGUUGUUAUGUUUGUUAUCACAAUUGCCACUGGAAUAUAUGCUGUGGUGAGCAGCUUGCAAUUUGUCUCGAGCAAAAUAUCUUCACUGGGUAGCUUUAUUGGUGUUUUGGUAACCCUUUUGUUCCCUCUAUUAGUUCCACUUUCCAUGAAGAUCAAUUCACUAGUAGAGUCAUGGCACAAAAAUAGAGAAAACCAAAGAGUGUAUCAUUUUACUGCAGAGGAGAGUCAGAAUGAAGAGAGGGAAGAAAAUGAGGUGAAAGAGGGUGAAGAUAGUAUUAGUAGAGAAGUUCAAUAUGUAGGUAUAAGAGAGGAAAUAGGAGUAAAAGUGAUGCUGAGAAGAGUAGAUUUCUGGUUAUAUUUCCUUGUCUAUUUGUUUGGUGCAACACUCGGUUUAGUGUUUCUGAAUAACUUGGGACAAAUAGCUGAAUCCCGGGGUUACUCUAGCACUUCAUCAUUGGUGUCUUUGUCAUCUUCUUUUGGCUUCUUUGGCCGUCUCAUGCCAUCUAUUAUGGACUACUUUUACAGGGGUAAGUGUACAAUAUCAAGACCAAGACCAGCUUCUAUGGUAGCAUUAAUGGCUCCAAUUGCAGGGGCAUUUUUCUUACUUCUCAACAAAACUCAUCUUGCUCUCUAUGUUAGCACUGCCAUUAUUGGAUUGUGCACUGGAGCCAUCACUUCCAUUUCUGUGUCCAUCACCACUGAACUAUUUGGAACCAAGAAUUUCUCUGUGAAUCAUAAUGUGGUGGUGGCCAACAUCCCAGUGGGGUCCUUUCUGUUUGGAUACUUGGCUGCAAUUGUUUACCAUAAAGGAGAGUAUGAAGAUGGAAAAUGCAUGGGCAUGGAAUGCUACAAAACCACUUUCAUCAUCUGGGGCUGCCUUUGUUUCUUUGGCACCUUUUUGGGUUUGAUUUUACAUGCUAGGACUCGCAAGUUUUACUCACAAACUAUAGGAUAAAUUAUUUUUGCUACUUAUACACCUGAUAACACCUAUAUUAAUCCCAACACCCAUUAGUGUAUAGUAUUUUUUUUCUUUUGGUAGAAUCCAAUAUAUAGGUUCUAUACUAAUCCCGUGUAUUUUUAUAUUACUUGAGUUAUGAUGAAAAUGAACACUUAUCAGUGUAUUAGGAAAGUAUGUAUACUAUUUCAACGGUAAUUAAAUAAGCAUAUAUACAUACGUUGCAAGUUCA